UUCGACGUAUUACAAAACAAAAAUGACGUGUGACGUGCACUUGAAGUUGUUGCCUUUGUAUUUGGUCUGUGACGUUGACCUUGAUGUUUUGGUAGUAGUAUUAUGUUAGACAUCAGUGUGUGUGUGUGCGCGCAAGAGAGAGAGAGAGAGUGCGUGCGUGUGCGCGCGCGUGCGUUGGUGUGUGUGUCACACUCUUGUGCAGGAAGGACACAGCUGCUGCACUCAUCAGAGGACAGUGUGCACGUCAGUCACCCUGUUGCACACACACACGCACGCAAUACACUAGUGCAGAUUAGUGUAGGAUUGGAGGCUGUCCUGCCACCUGACUGAGGAGGUUUGUGGCGCAGACUCAGAGCAAGUGGAGGCAAUCAUUAGGCUUCAUGUUCUACUUUGAGCCUCUUCUGCAACAGUUGCUGCUGUCAGCUGAUGGAUGUGGAUCCAUGGUGCUGAUUCCAUGCGGAGGGAACUUUACCCAGAGAGCCAUUACGUGUGACAGCACCACAUUAAUUCACAUGGAUUUGGAGUGAGCAGCGAGCUGGGCAUCUCUUCAAGGGAGGUGGAAGUGGGAGUGUCCAGGAUGAGGAGGGCCGUGCUGCGGGAGGCCGCCAAGCGCUUCCCCUGGCUGGCCAAUGUCACCCUUUACGGCUGCCUGUUUGCCGGCGGCGAUUUGGCGCACCAGCUGAUGGCGCACAAGGAGCGCUUGGACUGGCAGCACACGCGCAACGUGGCCGUGGUGGCCAUCACUUUCCACGGGAACUUCAAUUACUUCUGGAUGAGGGCCCUGGAGCGACGCUUCCCCGGGAAGUCUGCCGGGAUGCUGUUCCGCAAACUGCUGCUGGACCAAAGCUUUGCGUCUCCUCUGGCCACCAGUGUCUUCUACACCGGGGUCAGCUUCCUGGAGGGCAAAGAGGACAUCUUUGAGGACUGGCGGGAGAAGUUCUUCAACACGUGGAAGACUGGACUCAUGUACUGGCCUUUCAUGCAGUUCCUAAACUUUGCGCUGAUGCCACUGCACAUGCGGACGGCCUUCAUGGGCUGCUGCGCCUUCCUUUGGGCCACCUUCCUUUGCUUCUCCCGCCAGGACGGCGAUGGCACAGCCACCGUGGCCCUGGCCUUCAUCAUGGACCCCCGGAAGACUCUGGAGGACAUGCGUGAGGCCCGACUGGCCCGGAAGAGGAAAAGGAUGCAGAGAGAGAACUAGUACCAGGAGGGCCGCUGCAGGUUUUGAAUGUGUAAGUGGGUGCAAUACCCUCUGCUGCCACGAGAGGCGCCACGAGUGUGGCAAGAGUAAACGACUUCAGGUCAUGACUCAGGAGCACCUGUUGGUACAAGGCCAUGUCCAUAUGCACGCGGGUAUUUUUAAAAAGCUGUCAAAUGCUUUAACCUUGAAACAUAACACUCACAAAUAGAAAACGUUCAUAUUACACGAAACACAACAAAAAGCAAAAAUCACGAUUGUUGUUGUUUACAAGCAGACUACACAAAAUUUCCAUUUCCAAACUGUCAGUCGUUCAGAGAUCUACAAAUUGAGUUUGCAUGCUGCCAAAAGGUGAAAGAUGUACUGCUGCUGCACACAAGCUUCUCAGAGGCUAAGCAGCUAGCAUGUUUCUUUUGUUUUUAUCCACGAGUCACCAAAUUUUUUUGCUUUGUGAGACAAAAUGAAGCUGCUACGCGAAUGAUGGUGCCAAACAUAUGCACGACUAAGACUUAUUUUAUUGGAGUUAAACAUAACAAGCUCCACGAGAUGAGUCAAGUUCCUGCAGGCUGCUAGGCUCACUUCCCAGGUGUGGAUGUUAGCACAGAGCAGUUUUAGCAUCCCCCGCCUGAGCCUACCACACAGCUCCUCAGGUUUUAUACAGGGCUCGACAAUUCUACCAUACACCAUCUUGUGCCUUAUCUUAGUGACCUUUGACACACGUCUGGCUGACUCACCUCAGAUGAGGGAACAUGUUUGACUGUUUCUUGUGUUUUCUACCUCUGCAUUCUGCACACUGAACAUGAUUAGUUCAAACAAAGUGGUGUCUAGACGACAGGUAUGCAGCUCGUGUUUUGGAAACAAAAAUGUCUUUUCUGGGACGAUACGGUGACGCGGAGAGACUUUCAAGCAGGGGGCGUCCAUAGCAUCAACAACACGCACAUGCAACUGUGAUCAUUAAUGAGAAAUAAUUUUUGGGAAAUAAUGCUUCUUGCUGAAUGUUUCAUUGUUAGCACGUUAGCAUCAUGACCUGGCCGGUAACCUUUACAUAAAUAGCUUGAAUACAUCCUUAAACACUAAUUUAUUAAUUUUAUUAUUCAGUAAGUGUGUUGUGUCUCCUAGUUGGAAGCAAACAUCUCCAUCCUGUCCUAUUAUACUUGAAUGACAUCACAGCCAAGAUACCUUAUCAUGUACUCGAGCUAAAUAAACCUUCUGUCUGACUUUUGUUGUCUUAUUAGUGAUCUUUAGACACAUUCAAACAACUAAGUACUGUACUGAAGUCUUUUAUUUAUGGAUGCAGUCUUUAUACGUGUGAUAUUUUGUUUGUCCAAAAUAAAAAUG